CAGAUACCAAGUUGAAGUUCAGAGUUUGAAACUGGAUGAUGAUUCAGUUAUAGAAGGAGUCAGUGACCAAGUACUUGUGGCAGUUGUGGUCAGUUUUGCUUUGAUUGCUACCCUGGUAUAUGUACUUUUCAGAUGAAUUUAAAAAGUACUUAUAAUUUGAACAAAAUUACAACACAGUCUGAGUAUCAGAGUAAAAAAGUGUAAUUGUCAUAAUUGAGUCCAUCAACUUGCAGGAAAGUCCAUCAACUUUUAUAGAAAUGCACAUCAAAACAUUCAUCCAGAAAACCAAGAGCUAGUAAGGGUGCUUCGGGAGCAACUUCAAACAGAACAGAUGUAAAAUCUGAUGAUUCUACUCCAUUGACUAUUCCAUUAAGCAUAACUGAACAUAAGAGUCAUUUCAACCCCAAGUGUGCCAUGUAUCUGGAUGUUUUCUCAUCAGGAUGCACCCGCUGCUGCCCGGCAGCAGUUCUACACUGACAUGUACUGUCCAAUCUGUUUACAUCAAGCCUCCUUCCCUGUUGAGACAAACUGUGGACAUCUUUUUUGUGGUACUUGCAUUAUUGCAUACUGGCGAUACGGUUCAUGGCUUGGGGCAAUCAGUUGCCCAAUCUGUAGACAAACGGUAACUUUACUACUACCAAUAUUUGGUGAAAAUGACCAGUCUCAGGAUGUUUUGCCACUGCAUCAAGAUAUUAAUGAUUAUAACCGGAGAUUCUCAGGUCAGCCUAGAUCUAUUCUGGAAAGAAUUAUGGAUCUACCCACUUUACUGAGGCAUGCAUUCAGGGAAAUGUUUUCAGUCGGGGGCCUUUUCUGGAUGUUUCGUAUCAGGAUAAUACUUUGUUUAAUGGGAGCUUUUUUCUAUCUUAUAUCACCUCUAGAUUUUGUACCUGAAGCCUUGUUUGGAAUCUUAGGAUUUCUAGAUGAUUUCUUUGUCAUCUUUUUGUUGCUAAUCUACAUCUCUAUUAUGUAUCGAGAAGUGAUAACACAGAGACUAAACAGAUGAAAAAACAAUUUACUAAAAUAUUUGAGUAUGUAAAACUAAAGACCCACAGCGGCAUUUCAUGAUUAUCCUAUGUACCUGAAACCACAACAUGACAAAAACUUGAUUAUCACUUUGCAAAUGCCUGGAUAAUAUAUGACUGGAAUUUUUACAUGUUGCAGGUUCUAUUAUUAAGGUUCGAACUGUAAUCACUUAGAACUGUAUCUUGAUUCUGUGUUGUCUGUAAAAUCUCUGGGGGAAAUGUGAAAUUUAUUUUUUGAAUUUUGUGGGGGAGGAUUGGGCCACACCUAGCAAUGCUCAGGGGUUAUUACUGGCUAUGCACUCAGGAAUCACUCCUGGCAGGGCUCGGGCUCCCAGAGAUCAAACCUGGUUGGCAGUGGGCAAGGCAAGCACUCCACCUGCUCUAUCUCUCCAGCCCCUAAAAGGGAUGCUUUUAUAUAAUUUUAUUUUCCCCAAAUUCUCUCACAUUAAUUGGAUGCAUACUAAAAUAGUAAGAAUAUACACCUUGUCUAUUUUUCUUCCUUUGGUUAUCAACCUAUAUAAUAUAUAUUGCUAUAACAUUCAUUUAAAUAUUUUGACAAUAAAGCCUUAUACAAUAUUGAGGUAAAAUAUUUUAGUGCAGUUUUGUGCAUUCAGAACAGUUCUGCUUUUUUGAUAUUCUUUUCAGCUGAAAUUGAAAUUAGAACUGAUUUUACCUUCUGGUUUACAGAAAAAAAUUUCACCAAUGGAUAUUACAUUUAUUUCAAAUCAGCAUAUUUGAUAUUUAGAGCUUGGUAUUUUAUGAGAAUAAUAAAUUGGUAAAAGGGAAAUUUUAGGAACCUGGGUAAUAUUGCAAACACAUCAUAGUUUCAUGCAUAUCUGAGAAAAAUAGAUCUUCAUGGUUUUGAGCAUCACAAGUAUUGGGAGGGAACUAGGAACACUUUUAUUUAAAUCUGACAAGAGAAAUGACUGGGGAGCUGUCCCAACAAGUGGGCAAAUAUGGUUGGUUUUCUCUUGUUGGCACACUUUGUUGAAACUAUCCCUAGAGGGUGGCAUAAAGCCUCGUUUAUUCAGGUCUUCUGCUGACUGAGAAAAUGUUGCAUGAGGUGAUUCAACUGGAAAGUUAAGUUGGUUGUUAGAUGGUUAGAGCCCUAAGUAUGUACAUUUCUCUUCUGUGAUUUUCUGUUUGAAAAGACUCAAAAUGGUCAGUAUUAUGAAUCCCAAAUUCUCUCUACUGGUAUUGUUCAUUAGUGAACUGGCCAGCAAGGUUGCCCGGCACAGGUGUCAGUGUUAGCUCUGUCACCUGCAUGAAUAGUCCUACUAUCCAUUUGUGUAUUCGGGAGUCUCACAUGUACAGUUGGGGAGGAAAAAACCAAGAACAUUAGUUAUCAGAUUAACUUAAAUAAUGAGACGAUAAAGCUUCAUAACCAUGUUUUCUAAAUUGGACCUAGGAUAAAGUUGUUGAUGUGGGGGAAAACAAUAAUGCUAAAUUAUAACAAUGAUAAUAAAAGCAGUUUCUUGAUUUUUUUUAGUCUGAAGACAAUAUUGUGAAAAAAGGGUCAGGGGCCAGAGUGAUAGUACAGCAGGCAGGGCAUUUGCCUUGCAUGUGGCUGACCAAAGUUCAGUCCCUGGCAUUCCAUAUGGUACCCCCAAGCACUGCCAGGAGUAAUUCCUGAGCAUCGCUGGGCACGUGACCCAAAAAGCAAAACCAAACAAAAAAAAGGUAGGGUCUCACCUUUUUAAUAAAUGACAUUCUUAUAUUUUAUAGAUAAAAGGUGUUUCUGCCUAUAGGAGGUGGGAGAGAUAGUACAGAAGGUAGGGCAUUUGCCUUGCACCCUAUGAGGACCCUUGAGCUAGCCAGGAGUGAUCCCUGAGCACAGAGCAAGGAGUAAGCCUUGAUAAUGUAGAGUGUGGCCCCUUUACACCCCUCUCCCCAAAGUUUUUUUUUUUUUUGGUCUGAAACCACACACAAAUUAGGUGACUAAAGUGCUUGUUAUUAAAUUUACUUGGAUUUUUAAAAUGGAUUGUUAGGCUGAAAAUUGAGAAAAAUCUUUGGUGGUCUUUGGUGACAUGAGGAUGAUGCCUGAAGAGGCUGAGAAAGAUAACAUAUCAGGCUUUCAUGAUUCUUGAGUCUGUAAUUUGUAAUCAAAUGUCUACUGGGAUAGCAUGCUUUAAUAGAAAACCAUUUUAGCUGCAGUUACCAACUUAAAAACUUAAUGGACGGCUGAGGACUUUGUACAGAGUGGAAACACACUUCCUACCAGUUACAAAUGUGAUAUGAGGCAACAGCAAUAUCACUUUUAGAAAGGAUAUAAUUUUCUGUGCAUGUGUUCUGCUUCAAAUUCUACAUUUCUUGUUAUAAUUUUAUUGUAAUGUUUGGAAAUCCUUGUAGCUUUAUUGGUAGAGGUGUAUUAUACCAAAUUUUGUAAUAAAACACUGUGUGAUCUAAAGUUUCAUUAAAAUAAGGAGAUAUGCUGACAUUUCAGGAUUUUAUAACUCCUUAUUAUCUUAACUGAUCGUGCAUAGAAGGAAUCUGACAGUAUUUAAAGUGAAUCAGUAUUUGAAAAUACAAUAAUACUUCUAAUUCAGUUAGCCGAAUUAUAUAAAUCAAAGCCAACAAUAUAAGCUUUUGUAAACAAUACUGUACUUUUUCAGUGUUGCAACCCAGAGCAGAUAAUUUGGAACUCCAUGGAGAACAAUGAGAAAAAAACUGUUCUAAAUGCCUGCUACUCCAGUUAGUGUGAGAGAAACAGGGAAAAAAGGGUUGUGUUGGUUCCCAAGCCCUGUGUCAUACCUGCUUCAGAGUUGUUGCAAAGGAUUGACAGAUUAUGAUUUAAGAGUUUGUCAAGCAAUUAUUCUCUGAAUAAAAGCAACAUCUAAA